CAUUUGACCACUUUUGCUCUAGCAGGGAGAAUAAUCUCUUUGAUCUUUGAUUAAGAAGACGUGUUUUAGGUUAGACUGGGUAUCAGCCUUGUGAUCCAUUACUCCAUGCUGGAUUUAUUAAAAUUGUGUUGAUGUUCUUUACCCUGUGAGGAAGAUCAGCUUCAGAGGAAGAAAAUCGAACAAAAUGGGUGGAAAGAAAUCAACACCGACGCCUCCAGAAGACUUUGAUAAACCAUGGAGAAACGUGGACUGGGAUGGGAGAGAUCAACUUGAGGCGGAUCUGAGAGAACUUACAAUCCAUCAUGCAGAGAUCACCCAUCUCAGAAUCCUUGUUCACGGAGCGGUUGGUGCUGGAAAAUCCAGCUUCAUCAACUCAGCUAACAGUGUCUUUCAGCACCGUGUAACGGACAGAGCCGGAGAAGCAGCGAGUGCAAGCAAAAGUUAUACGAAACAAUACAAAAGCUACAGAAUCUGGGAUGAAAAUGACAGCACCUUACCAUUUAUCUUCAAUGAUAUCAUGGGGCUACAAGAUACCAGGACAUCUGGAAUCCACACCGGUGACAUCAUUAAUGCUAUGCUGGGCCACGUGAGCGAGAACUGUAAGUUUAAUCCUGAGUGUCCUUUACAAGAUGGUGCUCCAUGGUACGUUAACGCCCCCACUCUGAAUGAUAAAGUUCACUGUCUGGUGAGCGUUGUAUCAGCACAAACUGUCCCUGUCAUGUAUGACGCUGUCAACGAUAGCAUUAAGAAUGUCCGGGAACAGGCCAGGGACUUUGGUAUCCCUCAAGUCCUGAUCUUGACACAUAUUGAUGAGUGCUGUCCACUGGUUAAGGAAAACUUGAAAAAAGUCUACUUCAGCAAGAAAAUUAAGGAAAAGAUGUACGAAUGCCGCGACAGAGUGGGAAUCCCGAUGAACUGCAUCUUUCCUGUGAAAAACUACCAUGAAGAGUCAGACACCAAUAAUGACACUGACGUCCUGGUUCUGUUGGCCCUGAGGAAAAUCCUAAACUCUGCUAAUGAUUAUGUGAGAGAGCUGUAACUCUCGCCUCUCUUUCAGCUUGUAGACUGGUCCAAAUAAAAGUUGAACAAUACUAUAUGUUUAGUAAAUCAUGUAACCUUAGUAAUGCUUAGUUGAAUUUGAAAAAUGUGGUCGUCCUCACAUAUAAAUAAACAUGAUUUCCUGUUAAACCUGUUACAAAUUAAAAUAAAGUGUUUGUGUGUGUGUCUUUAA